AUGAGAGUAUCUCUUGCAAGACUUGCAGAUACUGCACGAGAGGAAAUUCCUAGUACCAUGGCUGCAAUAUUAAGACUCUCAGGCAUGGAGAUAAGUGAUCUUACUUUGGAGUUGAGUGAUUUAAGAUUUGGCAUAGUUAUUAAAGAUGCUCGCUUAAGUGCAAACCUCUUACACUUAGUUGCCUUAAAAAUAGCUUAUGGUAUCAACAAAUCUGCACAAGCUGUUCAAGUUACAGAAGCUGGAAUCAGACAGAUUGGUUCUAUAGCUAGGCAACAAACAGUUUCCUUAAUAGAGGAAAGGGCAAACUUUUCAGUCCUUCCUUUGAAACCCAUGGUAGCAGGUGCUGCAAGGAAAACUUCUCAUAUCGUCGACCAGGCAAAAAGAACUUUCACGAGCAUCAUAUCCUGA